AUGCGAUCGCGCGAUCGCGGCGCGGUCGCGCUGGCCGCCGCCGGCGUCCUCGCGCGCGUGCUCCUCGCGAUCCUCGGGUGGACCGAAUCGGCGAGCGAGCGACUGGAGCUCGCGUCCCCCGUCGACGCCCUCGCGCGCAUCCGCGAGGGCCACGCGCUGUGGGGAAUGGGUCAGUCGCCGUACGGCGGCAGCGCUCUGCACGCGCCGCCGCUCUACCUCGCGCUCGUCGGGCCGCUCGUGGCGAACGCGCCCGCGGGCCUCGUCGCGUCCGUCCCCUUCAUCGUCGCCGACCUCGUCGUCGCCGUCGCGAUCCACCGCGUCGCGACCGCGUCGACCCGAACGUCCCGCGCACGCGGGUCCGACGCCGCCGACGCAUCCCCAACGUCCCCCGCGUGGGUCGUCGCCAUGUUCCUCGCCAACCCGUUCUCGAUCGCGUCCUGCGCGGCGGCGUCGUCCGCGGGCUUCAGAGCCGCGGCGCUCGCCGUCGCCGUCGCCGGCGCCGUCGAAGGGACGCCCGUCGUGGCCGGCGCGGGAUGCGCGGCGCUCGCGUACCUCGGCGAUCCGACGUGCGCGGCGCUGACGGUGCCGUCGCUGGCGCGCGCGAUGGCGCGCGAGGGCGGGUUCGGGGAAGAAGGGACGGGGAAGAAGGGGAAAGGGAAAGGGAGGGCGGGGGGCGGGGCGCGGAGUGCGUUUGUUCACCUCUGCGCGUGGAUCGUCGGCUGGAUCGUCGCGCUCGUCGGGGUGAGCCAGGCGGUGAUGUCAAACGCACGCGCGGCGCCGAUGGAUUGGAUCCGCGCGACGUACGGCUUCCGGCUCGUCGCCGAGGACCUCUCGCCGAACCUCGGGUGCUUCUGGUACUUCUUCACCGAGAUGUUCGACAACUUUCGCGUUUUUUUCCUCUUUGCGUUCGACUACUUUCCGGUGGCGCUGUGCGUGCCCGUCGUCGUCAGGCUCGGGUGGGACGAACCGCUGUUCUGCGUGUUCGUCGCCAGGCUGCUGUGCGUCGUGUUCUCGCCCUAUCCAACCCUCGGCGACGCGUCGGGAUACCUCGCGUUGCUCCCGCUCUUUCGAGCACAGCUGGCGGGCGCGGGUGGGCUCGGGUACCUCGUCGCCGCCGGGUACGUCGCGAGCGCGUUGCUGUCGCCCAUCAUGUGGCGGCUGUGGAUCGUGGACAGGGUGGCGAACGCCAACUUCUUCUUCGCGACGACGCUGGCGUGGAUGGCGACGCAGAGCGCGCUGUGCGUUUUGUGCGUCGAACGAGUCGUCGCAAACUCUCGUUUGGCUAAAAAAAAGUCCGAGUGAACGAGUGAGUCGGUAAGAUUACCUUCAAUUAGUCGCGAUGUAGGAGAUGAAACUGAGAUUUAGAGGUGGUA